UGUGAUUUUUAAAUAAAGUGAGAAAAAGAAGUGGAUCUUGAUCUGUAAACUGAAAAGAAAAAAAAGGUGCACCUCUUCUGAUAGUUCUUGAUUCAACCUCUACAAAAACUACUUGCCACCCAUAAAACUCUUAAACCAUUCAUUACCUUUGCCCAAUAUUGUUUAUGGGGUUCCACUAAUACAAGUAUAUUGUUGUUAUUAUUACUAAGUUUGCGGCUUAAGGGAUCAACUGUGCCACCUUUUCUUCUAUUCUAAUCAUUGACCAAAUUUACCUAUAAAGUUAACUACUUUUUGCUUCAUUACAAUUGGGAUCUUGCAUCUAAACUCAGAGAAAUUAGUGUAUCAGCUGUGGUUGGAUUCGAAGAAAAUCAUCAUGUUCAAGUACUCACCACGCAGUAGGAACCAAAGAAAUAAAGGUUUCAAGGUGAAGCAUGCUCUUCAGAUAUGUGUACUUGUGGGUGUUUGUAUCUGGCUGCUUUACCAAGUUCAGCACUCACGUAGCAAGAAAGCAUCUUUUGAACAAAACGCAACCGUCUCAGAGAAGGUACAAACUGACAAUGACGUUAAUAUCAGGUUAGGAAGGAAGGACCUCCAACCUCAAAAGAAGGAAGUAGAUAUUGAUGAUGAGAAGCUGAAGGAGGUUACAGAGGAAGACGAGCUUAAACGUUUUGAUGAUGACACCAAAGUGGAGGAACACGACCAUGAUCUAGAAAAAUCAGCAGAGGAUAGUGAGCAUAAAGAGGAAGUGAGAGGAGAAGAUAAUGCUGAAGAAGAAAGCAAAGAGAAUACUGAAGAUGGCAAAGGCGAGAGUAUUGAGGAAGCCACUGACACGAAUACAAGUGAAACUAAUGAAACCAAAGAAGAAGAUAGUGAAAAAGAUCGGGUAAAGGAAAGUGGCGUUGAGGGUGAAGAAAGUAAGGAACAGAAAUUAGAAAAGGAAGACAAGGAUGUUAAAGAGAACAAUGACAGGGAAAAUGAAAGUGAAGAGAAGGGAACUGAGGGAAAUGUUGAUGCAGGAACUGAUUUGAAAGAACAGAAGGCACAAAGCGAAGAGAGUGGAAGUGAAGAAACUUCUGAGAAUAGAAGCGAAGAAGUUGCUGAAAAUGAAAGCGAAAAGAAGUCGGUGGAGUUGGAGGAAAGUAAUGAGGACAAAGUAAAAAAGAACGACGAGAGCAAAGAAGAGAAGAACGAGGGAGAUAGCAAAGAGAACGAUGAAGCCAGCAACGGAAAGGAAGAGAACCAAAGCAAAAAUGAAGAAUCUGGCUCAUCAGAAGAUAAGGUUCAUGAUGAAAAUGACAAGACUAAUGAGGCUUCAACAGUAGGAAAUGGAAAGGAAGAGACUUUAGAUUCUGAAAAAGUGACCGGGACAGAAGGAGAUGGUAAUGUAGCCUUGAACAAUGAGGAGGAAUCCAAGAAGGGAGAAGAUGAGUUGCAGGACAAGAAAAACAAGAACGAGGCAAGUGAUGAAAGUCUGAACAAGCCGGAUUCAGAUGCUGGAGAAAAUAAGAUGCUUGAAAAAAAUAGUUCUGCAGAUGCAAAUGCUUCUGGAAAAGUGAAUAAUGGAAGCAACAUUGACGAUAGUUCUAAUGCUGCAGCAGAAACCAAUGAAGCCUCUAACCAGCAGACAGAAGCUGGCAAUUCUACCUCCGAGACCAUUCAAAAUGAAACAAAUGAAGCCAAUGAAAAUCAGCAAGAAAAUGAAAACGCUGCCUCUCAUACCAUACAAAAUGAGAACAACUCUAGUGAUGACUCCAAUCCUGCAGCAGAAACCAACAAAGACAAUAAGCAGCAACAGGAGAAUGAAGGUACUGCCACUGACACUACACAAAAUGAGAAGAACUCUGGUGAAGAAUCCCAUCUUGCAGAAGGAAACAGUGAAGCCAAUAAACAGCAGCAGGAAAAUGACUCCAAUUCUGCAGCAGAAACCAACGAAGCCAGUAAGCAGCAACAGGAACAUGACAGUUCCGCCUCUGAUGCCACAGAAAAUGAGAAGAACACUGCUGAAGACUCUAAUGUAGCUGAAGGAACCAAUGGUGCCAACAAACAGCAGCAGGAAAGUGACACUUCUGCCACUCAUACCUCACAAAAUGAGAAGAACUCUGGUGAAGACUCUAAUGUAGCUGAAGGAAACAAUGAUGCCAACAAACAGAAGCAGGAAAAUGACAGUUCUGCCACUCAUACGACACAAAAUGAGAACAUCUCAAUUAAGGAGGCCGUUUCUGUUGGAGAUGGCACACAGAACGAUGCAAAUGAGCAGCAUUCUGAGAAAAAGUAUUCAAAUUCCUCAGCAAAUGAAGAAUCAGUAACAACUUCAAACGGCUCUGAAUCUGUUGUAUCAGUUGACCAAAAUGGCAAUUCUGUAACAGCUGGUGCAACUGAGAAGUCGACAGGAGGUGGGAACGAUCAGAAUGAGGUAAACCAGAAAUUAGAUGCUAAUUCUGAUCCAGGCUCGGAAAACAAAAUAAAUCCCUCAAAUGACAAUGACGAGACAGACCCAGAUCAAAACAAAUCGACUGAUUCUUCCAGCUCAAAUGGCAAUUCUGAUGAUAGCCAGCAAAACCAAGCCGAGUCGACCAAAUCUGCUCUUCCUCAAGAAGAGACAGAGGCUCGUACUGAUCUGGGAACAUUGCCACAGACUGGAACUGAGGGGAACAGCCACAACGAUGCUGCAGCAGAGUAACAUAGAUACCUCUAGUACUAUUUUUAUGCCACGGUUUUAUUCAUAUUCUUUCUUCUUGUAGCCUUUUUCAAAGUCCAAGGCAAAUUUGAAAGUGAGAUAACUUCGGUUGCUUGCUGGUCGAUGCCGAAGAGCCAUUAUGUAACAAAUAUAUAGUUUUAUGUUCCGCCAGAACUUAAUGACUUGAUUAUCUCUAUCCCAUAAAUGUGUAUCUGCCAUGUCUGGAUCAUGCAAUUUUCCAUGCAUUAUUAAUGAUAGAGUGUUUCUUCGUCUUUAGAACA